AAACUUUGAACAAUGAACGAACCAAUAAGUUAUGAAUACUACCAACCAAGUCACGAAAAUUUCAGUGAAUACAAUUUGGGAAGUCUCCCACAAAAUGAUGAAUGCUCUGCCGUUCCUGCUGGCCCAAAGUGGUUGCCUGCACUUCAGAUCUCUAUCGCCCUCUGCGGGUUAAUAUUCAACGCCAUUGCAAUGUUCGUGAUUAUAAUGCUGCAAGAUUUUAAGAAAAGCAUUUCUCAUUGGUAUGUUCUACAGCUAGCCAUCGCUGAUUCACUCUUCCUGGCCAUGUUACCAUUCAAAGCAUCCGAAUCGUUAUCUGGUUCAUGGAAUCUUCCUCAUUUCCUUUGUCAUUUACAACAAGCGGUGUUUAUGCUCAACUACUAUGCCGGCAUCUUCUUUUUAACGGUAAUGAGUUUUGACCGCUAUGCUGCAAUCGUGCAUCCUGUGUCCGCGCCUUGGCGGAGGCUACGAACUCAUGGAAAUGCUGUUCUUAUAACGCUUGCUGUAUGGGCUUUGGCUAUUGCGGUUUCUAUACCCCUGUUCGUUUGGUCAGAUGUAAAGCAUUGUAAAUGUACGUACAUGUUCCCACGAAGUGCUGAGGAGUUUCAACAACACCAUGGCGUCAAUAAUUCAACAGAUUACGUUGAUUACGAGGAGUUUAUGAAUGUCAUGAAUGAAAUGAGCCAAGAAACAACAGUGGAACUUCAAAAAACGGCCGAAGCGAAUCCGAUGGCGUGUGCAAACGAACCUUGGGUGUCCAUGAAGAUUUGGGCGGGAAUGCAUUUCGUGUUCGCUUUUCUACUGCCUUUCAUCGUCAUGACUGUUUGCUACAGUUUAAUUACAUGGCGGGUAUUCCAUCCUGCCGUCAGCUCGGCUAACAGGAGGGCUGGGAGAAGAAAGAGCUCAUGUGCGACACCUCGUGCCCGGUUGUUUAGCUCGUUUCAGUUCUCAACAAGAUCAAAUAGUUCGGGGAGCAAAAAAUAUCCAGGGAUAACCCAGAAAUCAAGAGUGACGAUUAUUGUGGUAUCUCUUGUUCUGAUGUUUUUGUUAUGUUGGCUACCUUACAACAUCGUCCUGUUAGCCAAGUUCGCUGAGCUUCCGUAUUCGGGCGAGACUUGCACCUUAAUAGAAAACGUAACCAUCGUGUUGGUGUAUUUGAACAGCAUGAUCAACCCUGUGCUUUACACUUUCCUUGGAUCCCGGUUCUUCCGACGCUUCAGCAAGGCCCGCCUUGUAUUUUGUCGCAACCGGCAGUUUGGUGGAUCGGUCAAUUCCUCCACCAAUCGAUCAAACACAUUUCGACAAAGAUUGGGCGAAAUCAGAGCUUGGAAAACAACUUCAGCAAGAUUCUCAGAAACCUCCACAACACAACAACCCCCAUGUUCAUCUCGUAUAUACCAACCACACGAUAACAAAGAAGAAGUGUUUGUCAUGCAUAGGACAAGGAGUAAUGAUGAACACGAGCCAGAAAUCAUUGUGGAAACGAAGUUGCUUUCACCAUAGAUGUCGCCAGAGAGAUCAAUGCACCAAUGCAGCAGAAUUUCCGUUGGCUUUCUUCAAACGAUUUGACUUUUUCUUACUGAAGGGGGUUAGAUGGAACAUUUUCUUCAUCGACUAUUUUGUAGCAAACAAACAAUAUUUUAAGAAUUGAAUAACCAUAACCCCGCAUCUCUAAAAGAUCGUUGUUAAUUGUUCAAAUCAGUACCAUAAAAAUAUGGCAUAUUAUAUGCUAAAGGAGUCCAUCUUAUCCCACAGUAUUAUAUACCCUGUUGAACUUUUUAAUACUCGGAAUGUCUUUAUUUGUAAACUAAUGUGUUUUUUUUUCAAAUUCAUUUGUAUACCCAGUGGUAUAUAUGCGUAAUAAAAUAAACAACACGGAAAUAU